AUGGCUCAAGCUAGUAAUGGCAAAAUUAACAAUGGAGAUCAGAGCACUCCUAUAGAGCUUUUGCUAUGGAACCAAUGUUUCAUCAAUUUGAUGAACAAAAAUGAACCCAAACUUGUUAGCAAUAAGAGCAUACGGAGUGAUAUGGGCUUACAAUAUAAUACACUAGUUGGGACUACUACAGAUGAUUUAGGGCUACCAAUGCACUCAUUAGCUAGCAACUUCAAUGUUGUAGCUGACAUGGGGCUGCCUCCUAUAGGUUUUAUACCCCAUGGUGCAAGUGAUGUGGGGCUUUGUCAUGGGAGUCUAGUCGAAGGUAGCAAUUUUGGCCCUGUUAGGAGUGAUAUAGGGUUAGGAUUGCACCUUUUAGGUGGACAUUAG